AUAUAUGGGAAGCUUAUUGAAAGAGUACUGUAAACCUCUUCUUGCCAAGAUACAACAAACUAUGAUAAGCAGGCUUAAAAUCCAGCCUAUUAUGAUUGCAUCUGCUCCGUUGGCGUCAAAAGUCUUUAGUGCCUUCAAACAAAAGUUUCAUGGUGGUGUUGUCGAAGAGUUUCAAAGACAUCAUAGCCAGGCACAAUUUGCAGAAGCAUUGUAUGGUGAUCUGACAUGGUAUAAGAUUUUAAUCAUUACAUGGAUUAAUGCUGAUUUUAGAGAGUUAUUUGAUACAGUACAGACAAACUCUCUUUCAACAAGAAUUCUGAAGGUUUGUCUUUGGAAGGUUUUUGUCGUCGCACACUCUCUCUCACUUUCACUGCAUUGAAUUGCUAUUCCUGUUGCUUUUUCUGCGUUGAGAUGCAUUUGGUUGAGAAACCUCGAGCUUGAGCUGAAUGAUGAUUUUAAUUGCAUGUUUCUUUGUGUAUCGUUUUCUUCAAUUUUUUUAGGAAAGAAUAUUCAUGAUUGACGAAUCGAGCUGUCUUUUUUCUUCUCUGCCGUUAAAUAUUUUUUUUCAUUGAAAUGCAGCGUCUUGAGUAAAAUAUUAACAAAGAUUAUACUGUAUGAGAAGGCCAAGAAACUAGCGUUAAUAGAUUUUCUCACAUUGUCGAUGAUUUUGUUUGAUUUUCUUUUCUUUUAUUUGGUGAUAUAAACUUCAGGUUUC